AUGAAACCUGUUGACGUAAAACGAUCAACGGAAUUAAAAGCUUACAAUCACCCCAAGAUUGUACAGAAACCAAAAUUCAAUGUAGCAGACAUUGUCCGAAUUAGCAAGUACAAAGGCGUGUUCGAGAAGGGAUAUACAGCUAAUUAUUCAACAGAACUCUUCAAAGUGGUUAAAGUAAAUAUAACAAAUCCUACAACGUAUGUGUUAGAAGAUAUGCAGGGAAGACAGAUUAAAGGAUGUUUCUACGAAUAUGAAUUGCAAAAAACCAAAUAUCCCGAAGUAUAUUUACUAGAGAAGGUCUUGAAAAGAAAGGGCAACAGAUUGUUUUGUAAGUGGCUGGGUCUUCCCAACACUCAAAAUUCAUGGAUCAACAAGGCAGAUAUAGUUUAA